UCCACAAUACUUCUCCCAGAAAGUCCUCUUGUAUUUGUUAGCAGAAGUUAAAAAUCAAUCCUCCCUCGCCUGUCUAGAACCAUGUUCCAAAUUUUCAAACCAACAAUUGAGCCGCUGUGUGCUUAUUGCAUCAAAAUUCCCUGGACUACCCAAAAAAUCUCAGAAGCCGCUUCUGAACUCUGGCAUCAACACUCCGUUCUUGGAUGGAACCUAGGCGAGUGGUCGCGAAUCCAGCAGAGCCAGUGUCCGCUCUGUAAGUUGGUGAAACGUGUGGCCCAUGAGAUAUACAGGGCGGGAGACCAAGUGAAUCCGCAUUAUCCCGACAAGACCAUCAGUGUCGCGUGGCUCGUCCUCCCGCCACCAAUCCAGCGAACGGUGUUCAGUGUGAAGGGGUUAUCCUCGCUGGCAUCAGAAACACCAACCAUCUGCUUCGUGACCAAAUGCGCCGCCACCACGUUCGCCGACGAUGCUUAUUUUCUGAACCCAAUCAUUCCUGAAAAACUGGACAUCUCUAGAGUCACUAGCUGGAUAUCCAGGUGUACAACAACACAUUCUGGUGACUGUGUCCCCGUCGUAAACAAGGACUUCAGAGAGGCAUUCCGGGGCCUGCUCGUUAUACGGUUCAUUGAUGUUUUCAAGAACUGUCUCGUGGAAACGCAAGAAGUGCCAAAAUAUGUCUCUCUGAGCUAUAUGUGGGGUACUGUACCAAAUUUCAGGCUUACCACGUCCAAUCGAAGCCAAUUAUUUGUCGCAGGCUCCCUCGAAAAAGUCCACAACAUCCCGAGAACAAUUAAGGAUGCAAUAGCCUUAGUCAGGCAGUUACAGGUUCGUUACCUAUGGGUCGACGCUCUGUGCCUUUUGCAAAACGAUAGCGACGAUCUCGAACGCGGCGUGAACGCUAUGGAUCUGGUGUAUGAGCAAUCUUGGCUCACCAUUGUGGCCGCCUGUGGCCACAAUGCAAAUGCCGGACUCCCUGGAAUCCACCCAAACAGCCGAAUUGAGACUACAACUGCCGUCGAGGUGAAGAAAGGGGUCUUUCUUGGAGUGUAUUCCAAUCUGGAACUCCUCAUGCGGAACUCUAUCUACCGUUCUAGGGGGUGGACUUACCAAGAGGAACUACUCUGCCGACGAGCUCUCUACUUUGUAGACAAUAAAGUCUUCUACCGGUGCCCUAGCGCCGAAUACUCAGAGUCUUGUUUAGACCAUCCCCAACCACAGAAACCGGAACGGAAUGAUCUCAGCCCUCGCAAAAACGAAAUCCAAGAUCAUGGAGGAAGAUACUGUUCGCUUGUCAUGGACUACUCCAAACGUGCUCUGUCAAAUGAUAGAGAUACCUUGCGCGCAAUGUCAGGGAUUACGCAACGAUUUUCAAGUCUUCUACGUUAUGAUUUCCUGGAAGGGCUGCCUUCUCAUAUCUUGGACGUCUGUCUUGCAUUUGAAGCUUGUCAAGGGAAUAGUCUACAACGAAGAGUUGGCUUCCCGAGUUACACUUGGGCAGGGUGGAGGGGGGCCCUCCGCAUCAGGUAUCCAUAUGGUUCUGUGAUAACGGCAGUUAUCCAGCACAACUGCUGGAUCGUUUGGUAUAAACGAAGCCCUUCCGGUAAAAUCAGUCCCGUCCGGGACCCUGAAAACCAGCAUUGGACACAUCUCACUUCCGGCAGAAGCUUCGAUCCGCCCGUACCCCUUGGUAUUGACACCUCACGCACUGCUCCGACGGGGUUGUCAUUCAGUCCUCGACCACUUUCGUACCAUCUUCUUCAGUUCUGGACCAUCGCGAUAUUUUGCAAGAUUUCCAAAUACGAGGACUUUACGGGGAAUUGUACGCUUGUUCUUAAAGAUGGAACGAAGAUGGGCCCCAUUUCGCUUGAUAGCUUUGAAGAAUCAGUUUUCUUUGAUUCUAACGAGCCGUAUGAGUUCAUUCUUCUGUCUAGAGAGCGGCGAGGAAUUGGCAGCAUCCCCAAUGGCAUUGUCGAGGACAGUUUUCCUCCGGGGCCUGUUUGGAAAGAAAUUUUGUUAGGAUAACAGAACUCGUUGCUCCCGUCUUUAUAAGAGCCUUGUAGGACAUAAUAAUCGGCUGGAGCUUGGCCACCUUCGAGGCAAGUGCGCACUCCUACUGCGCUUCGCUCAUAGUUGGGAAAAGCAAGUGUCCCACCCCAAGC